UGUGCCUUCAUGUAACACAGCAACAGGUUGGCUAAAACUCCCCGCGGUGUUCGUCCGUCGAAAUAAAUAAAUACCAACUACAACUACAUGCUAAUGCUAGUAGCUAAUACUUACUUAAGCUAACCUCCUUCUUACCUGAACGUCUGUACGCAAGAUUUCAAAUAACCUUGGCUUCACAUGAACAUGGGCAGCUACAGUGACUCCACCAGCGACCUAGACGAGGAGUUGCCUGUGUUUGACUUCCUGAGCCAAACCUCAAAGCGACUCGCAGAGAAACCAGACUUGGUCGACCUGGAUGAUUCUGAUGCAGAAGACGCAGCCGUCUCCUCCUCGGUGAAGGGUACUGCAGGCACAUGUACGGGAAGGACUGAUGUAAUGAUGAUCAGCAGCGAUUCUGAUGACGGUGCACCGUAUGUCCCUCUGGCGCAGAGACUCAAACAGAGACGAGACAAUGUGAUUAGCGCCUCCUCCGCCAUCACUAAUGGGAAAGAUGCUGCGCAGCAUUCGCCAUCCAAUCUGGCCGGUUUACAGCCCUCCUGCCAGAAUGGGAUUCCAGAGUCAGAGCCCCCGCUCAGCUUCCAUCGGAUGAGGACAGUGAGCCAUGGGGCCUCAGUUGGCCCAGAGGAGGGGGCGGCUCUCCCUCAGCGAUGGCUGCCUCCACAGCCUUUCUCCAGUGUAGAGAGCAGUGACACUUUCCCUGCCAAGAGGAAACCUGCCAAGCGGACGGUGGAGGAGAUCCAGGCCUCCAGGGAAGAGGCUCUGAGGAGAAGACAGGCCAGGGAGCGACAGCAGAGGGACAAGGAGGUGCUCAGGCUGGAACAAGAGAGACAGAAAGCAGAGAGGAAAGCUCUGGCAGAGGCUGCCAAGGCCCUGAGGCCAGAGGAGUGUAUCAAACACAUGGUGGUGGCUGUAGACCCAGCUCUCUUACAGCUGGAAGGAGGCGGGACUCUGCUGGCGUCGGUGCAGGCUCUGGGCUGCAGCUGUGCAAUAGAGAAACAACCACUUCCACGCAGUGUCAGCUGGAUGAGGAGGGCUCCCUGUGCACAGUCAGAUGAUGGCGUGUCUGUACCAGAGGCUCAUGUUGUGAUGCAGAUGACGGUCGAUGACUUCAUCACUUUGAUCCACAGCUACAUUCAGGAAGAGAGGCACGACAGGUCAGACUCUGGUCCCACGCUGACGUCCUGGAUGCAGCAGCAGCAGAGGCUUCACCCUGGGAAGGUCCUCAGCCUGGUGGUCAUCGACAUGGAGAAAUACUUCAGAUCGCAGAAGUCACAAAGCCAGAAGAGGUUUCGAGAGGCCGUCGCCAAUGAGGAGCGGGGAGGAGGAAAAGCGAGGAAGAGGAGGAAGAAUGGUGGAGCCGAGGCGCUGCCUGAAGUGUCACGAGUUGAAGUAGAAGAGGCAGUGGUGCAUCUCCAGCUACACACGGGGGUCUCGGUCCGCUUCUUGACGACCUGGAAGGACUUUUCGGAUCACAUCACCAUGACAACCAAAGCGGUUGCAGAGGCGCCUUUCAAGCGGGAGAGGGAGCAGACGGGCUUCUCCUUCUACCUGGAGAGUGAGUGGGCGGGGGGGCAGCGGGUGGAUAAAGCCGGUAAGGGUCUGCUGCAGGUGUGGAAGAGACAGAUCCAGCAGUUCAACAGAGUCAGUCCAGACAUGGCGUCGGCCAUCCUGGCAGCGUACCCGUCCCCUCAGCUGCUCAGGAAGGCGUACAGUCUGUGCAAGUCCGACCAUGAGAAGACCUCGCUGCUGUCUGACCUCCUGAUCCGCAGAGGAGAGGGCGUGACCUCCACCACUCGCCGGGUCGGUCCAGAACUUUCCAAACGCCUCUUCCUCCUGAUGAACGCCUGCGAUCCUGAGCAGACGCUGGACUCCACCGUCUAAACUGAGAAACGGUCAGUUAUUGAUUGUUUCUGAUCUAUGAUCUUUGACGUGGCAGUUCGUGUUCACAACAUUGAAUUCAAUGAUAUGU